AUGGCGCUCAACAAGUUGUUAAACCACCGUUCAUCACAUCAACGAUCUAUAUUUCGUAUGGAAACCUCUGUACUUGCAUUCGACGAAAAUACACCAUCGUCAGCGUUACAGUCCUCACUUGAUUUGCUGGAAGAAUAUUGGGUAAAAUUUCAAUCCGCUCAAUUGAAUGUUGAGGAGAAAGUUGCUGAUGCGGAUUUGGAAGAGCAGAUAAAAGAAAUGGCUGUAACAGAGGCGAUAUACCUAAAGGCAAAAAAUGUCUUGACAGGUUUUUUGGAACAAAAGAAGAGAGAUCGAGAUCAACAAAGUGGAGCAAACCGAAAUCGAAUGCCACAUGGGAAUGCAGGUGAUAACAAUGUAAAAUUGCCUAAGCUUGAAGUGCCGAAGUUCGAUGGAUCGUUUGCCAAUUGGGCCACAUUCCGAGAUUUAUUUUUGUCUAUGAUUGGCAAUAAGGAUUCCAUAUCAGACGGUGAAAAAUUACAAUACCUAAAGCCAAAUUGCUCAGGUGAAGCCGAAGACAUUGUAAGCGAAUACAAAAUCACUGAUGCCAAUUACAAAGGUGCUUGGGAUGCGCUAGAAGAUAGAUUUGAAAACAAACGAUUGCAGGUGACAGCGCAUUUAAGUCAACUGUUCGGUCAGCCAUUCAUGGAUACGGAAAGCGCAGAAAUGUUAAGAUCGUUGCUGAGAACAACACAAAAAUGUUUGCGUGCGCUGAAAGCUUUGGGUGGACAAAUCGAAACAUGGGAUUGGCUUAUGGUACACAUGACAGUUAUUCGACUAGAUUCAAAAACUAGGCGAUAUUGGGAGUUAAUUCACACAUCGAAAGAAGUAGCUACGUGGCAAGAAUUGGUUACGGCGUUGGAAAAUCGAUGUGUAGCACUGGAAGCCGAAAAAACGAAUAAACCGGAUAGCAAAACAACAACGUCAACAGUGAAGACCAACGAUAAGAAGAAACAUGGAUUGACAGCGCCAGCAAAAGUUUUCACGUCAGUAUCAUCAAAGAUUUGCGAAAUCUGCAAAGGCACACACGAUUGUUCAAGCUGCAAGGUCUUUUUGGAGAAAAAUUUGAAUGAUCGAUUGGAUUUAGUACACAAACAUAAGUUGUGCUACAAGUGUUUAAAAUCUAAUCACAAUUUUCGGCUGUGUAAAGCUACAAGAUGUGGAAAAUGCAACAAACAUCACCACGAAUUGAUACACAGUCAAGUUUCAUCAAACUCUUUGAGCAACACGGUUCCAGCGACAGUUCAAUCGAAUGUUUCAUCACAAAAUGCAUUAGUCAGUGACGCAACGUCAAUCGUACAAACUCAAGUGCUACUGUCAACGGCGUUAGUAAAGGUGCGUGCUGCGGAAGGAAAUUGGAUCAUACUCCGAGCGUUUUUGGAUGCAGGUGCUCAACGAAAUGUAGUGACCGAAGAUUGUGUUCAAAAGUUGGGGCUACAACGUUUUGCGUGUGAUGUUCCUGUAAAUGGAAUCGCAGGUGUUGAUGCUGGUACAUUCAAAAAAGGCGCAAAGGUUCCGUUAAAGUCGUGUGUUGAAGAUGGAUUCAGACUGGACAUCAAUGCUGUCGUUAUGAAGAAAAUUACCGCUAAUUUGCCAAACGGAAGAUUCGACAUUUCGCAAUGGUCGUAUAUCAAAGGGCUGAGGUUGGCUGAUUCCAAGUUUAAUGAACCAGGUAAGGUUGAUCUGUUAAUUGGAGCUGAAUUCUUCUUUUCGUUAUUAAAGAAUGAACCGCAAGUGAAAGGUCCAAUAGGAUACCCGAUAGCGCAAAACACACAUCUGGGAUGGAUUUUAGCCGGUCCAGUGAAUUCUUCGAAUGAAACAAAUAGCUCAAAAAUAUUUGUUAUGACCGAAGCUGCAACAGAUCAAUCGUUACCGGCCAUAUUAUCCAGAUUCUGGGAACUUGAAGAAUUUCCGAAAGUUACCAUCAAGUCAUUGGAGGAUAGAAAAUGUGAAGAACAUUACGAAAAAACGUUUUCUCGAUCUGAUGGUCGUUUUGUUGUGAAUCUGCCGUUCAAAGAUAAAAACUUGAAAUUUGGUGAUACACGAACGGUGGCAUCGAAACGUUUUGCGUAUUUGGAAAGACGAUUUUCGAAAGAUCAACAAUUGCAAAAGGAUUACAUCGAUCAAAUAAGAGAUUUGGAAGCAUUGGGUCAUGCGAAGUGUGAAACCAUCGUGCAUCAAGACAGUUUUUAUUUGCCACAUCACGCUGUAGUAAAACCAUCAAGAACGACAACGAAAACGAGAAUUGUUUUCGACGCUGCAGCUAAAAGUUCAAAUGGAGUGUCAUUAAAUGACAAGCUAAUGGUUGGUCCACGAUUGCAAGAAGAUUUACUAAGAAUUCUCGUCAGAUUUCGAAGCUACUGUGUUGCUGUCUCAGCAGAUAUUGAGAAAAUGUUCCGGCAAGUGCUCGUAGCUCCAGAGGAUCAACAAUUUCAAAAGUUUUUGUGGCGAGAAUGUUCUCAAGACGCUAUCAAAGAGUUCAUACUUACCACCGUGGUAUUUGGUACAUCGUGUGCACCGUUUUUGGCAGUGAAAAGUAUACAAAAAUUGGCCGCACUUGAAUGUGAUGAAAAUACCAGAACGAAAUCAGUAAUUCACAACGACUUUCUCAUGGACGAUUUAUUGUCAGGAGGCGAUAACUCAGACGAAGUCAUACAAUUGGUUUCCGAAUUACAAAGUGUUCUGGCGAAAGGAAAAUUUCCACUGAGGAAAUGGAUAUCGAACGAUCAAAAUGUGUUGCAAACUAUACAAGAAGACUUGAGAGCAUUCGAAAGUUUGUGGGAUGUUCCGUCACAAGAUUCGUGCAAUGCGUUGGGUCUACGGUGGCAUCCAGGUGCCGACAAAUUUGGUUACAAGGUGAAUUUCGAUUCAAAAAAUGUUCCAGUCACAAAAAGGUCGAUCUUGUCAGUCAUCGCUAGUUUAUACGAUCCGCUUGGUUUACUGGCUCCUGUUGUUGUUAAAGCAAAAAUUAUUAUGCAGAAAAUAUGGCGUAUGGGAGUCGAUUGGGACGCACAUGUCAGCGACGACAUUAAGACCGAAUGGAUUGAACUGUACGGCAGUUUGAACAAAAUCAACGAAAUUGUCAUACCCCGUUGGCUGGGUUCGUACUCGACAAAGUGCUUGGAAUUACAUGGAUUUUCAGACUCGUCAAACGAAGCAUAUUCGGCUGUUGUGUAUUCAAGAAUGCGUCAGGAUGACGGAAGCUAUAAAACGAAUAUCGUCAUAGCCAAGACAAGAGUCGCUCCAAUUAAGCAAAUCACCACACCUCAUUUGGAAUUGUGCGGAGCUCUUCUGUUAACAAGGUUGCUAAAUUAUACGGUCGAUUCGUUGAAGUUGGAAAGAAUUCUGUUAUUCGCUUGGUGUGACAACACAGCUGUGCUCGACUGGUUACGUAAAGAACCAAUUUAUUGGAAAACGUUUGUGGCGAAUCGCGUAUCGGAGAUACAAACUACGUUUCCAUCGUUGAGUUGGCGAUACGUACCAUCAGACGAAAACCCCGCCGAUUGCGCUAGUCGAGGUAUUGGUGUGACAACUUUGCAAAAUCAUGAGCUGUGGUGGAAUGGACCACAAUGGUUGAGACAAGACGAAUCAUUUUGGCCUAAUGUGAUACCACCGACAAAUCCAGAAGCUGAAAAAGAAGCAAGAAAAACCGUUCAAGCCUGCGCUGUGGUUGUUGUUGACGAUCGAAUUGAUGCCUUGGCAUAUUCAUUGAAAUCGGAUCACGUAACCAAAUUAAUCAUCAGAAACUGUCAUUUGGUUAAUUUUCACGCUGGUACUACGUUGAUGAUGAGUCAAUUACGAAGACAAUAUUGGAUCGUAUCAGCAAGACUUUUGGUUAAGCAAUUUACGCGAAAUUGCAUCAAAUGUUGUCGUAUUCGUGGUCGUACAAGCGGUCAAAUUAUGGGAGAUCUACCAAGUGUUCGAGUUACAAGCGAACGACCGUUCUAUCGCAGCUCUGUCGAUUACGCAGGACCAAUUCAACUCAAAGUUCCGACGAACAACGCUAGAAGGUUUGGAAUCACCAAAGGCUACAUUGCGGUUUUUGUAUGUUUGGCAACGAAGUGUAUUCACUUGGAAGUGGCUUCCGAUCAAACGACUGAAAAGUACUUGGAAGCUUACAAACGAUUUUGCUCACGUAGAGGUGUACCACGAGAGUUGCGGAGCGACAAUGGUUUGAACUUUGUUGGUGCGAAGAACGAAUUGGCACGACUAUGGGCAAUGCUAAACGACCAGGUCACAAGUGAGCUUAUUCGAAAAUCAUUGGCGAAGGAUGGAACAGAUUGGUCUAUGAUCCCACCAUACACACCGCACUUGAAUGGGCUGUGCGAAGCAGCGGUUAAAUCAACUAAGUAUCAUUUGCAUCGAAUUUUGGGUCCAACACCGUUCACUUUUGAGGAAAUGUCAACAAUUUUAUGCCAAAUCGAGGCAAUACUGAAUUCAAGGCCGCUUAUUCCGCAAAGUGAUGACGUCAACGAUCUGAAUGUCUUAACACCGGGUCACUUUCUUAUUGGAGAACAGUUAACAGCGGUACCAGAACCAGAUAUUCAGCACAUCAAAUUGAAUCGUUUGGAUCGUUAUCAACUGAUGCAACGACAAGUUCAAGAAUUUUGGGCGAAAUGGAAAAGCGACUAUUUGAGCACACUUCAACAAAGGACUAAAUGGAAAUCACCGGUCGAUGAUUUGAAAGUUGGACAAUUGGUAACCAUCAAGGAUGAUGACAUUCCCCCCACAAAAUGGUUAAUGGCAAGAGUUGUGAAAAUUAAGCCCGGCAAAGACAAACGAGUAAGAGUUGCUCAAUUGCGAACAGUUACAAUCUCUGGUAAGGUUAAACCUGGAAACAACAUCCGUGAAAUGGUCGCCGAACUGAAGACAAAUUAUGGUAUCGCGGAACGCUCGGUUCAAAAUCUUUGUGUUUUGCCAUUGAAUGAUGAAGAAUUAGAGUCUUAG